GCGCCGGGGCCGCGCUUCCUGCUUACUGUACUACGCGAUAAGAAAUUAAAUAAUGAAAAAAUAUAAAACGACCCGACGAAAUAACAAUGAAAGCCAGCGGGACCCGGGCCUGGGGAGGGGCUGGUUCUCUCGUGCCUUGGCCCAAGCGCCACCGGGGCCUCCUCGCCCCGCGCGCCGUGAGGGAAGCGGGGGCCCCGCGGCCCCGGGAAAGGGAAAGGGCCGAACAUUCCAGCCCAACCCACCCCACCUCGUUCCCAAAAGACCGGUUCGCGCCCCUUUUCACCGCUAGCAGCCCCCGAUCCCGACCACCGCUCCCCCUCCCCCCGCGCGAUCCCGGCACUAACGCCUCUCGUCCUCCCCGCCGCCAUCACCGCCAGCGCCGCUUCCGCCCCGCGAGGCCCCCCCUGCGCGGGCUGCCCCGCGCGCAGCCUGACCCCUCGCCGCUGCCUCCUGCGCUUCCCGCUCCGCGGCGGCUCCCACAGGAUUCUCCUCACACGCAGGGAGCGAGCGCUGCCGGACACCACUGGCGGGGCCAGCGCGGAGCGGCGCAGGCACCGCGGCGGACGGACGGGCGGCGGAAGAGCCGGCGGGAGCCCCGGGGCGGCGCCGUGCAGUGGCGGAUGGAGCUGGUAGCGGGGUGCUACGAGCAGGUGCUGCUGGGGUUCGCCACGCAGCCCGGCCAGUCAUGGACAGUUGUCCCUGAUUUUACACAUCAUGCCCACUCUGCCUCAUUAUCAGCAGUAGCAGUGAAUAACAGAUAUGUGGUCACUGGGAGCAGAGAUGAGACAAUCCAAAUCUAUGACAUGAAAAAGAAGAUAGAACAUGGGGCAUUGCUACAGCACAAUGGCACGAUAACUUGUUUGGAGUUCUAUGGGACUGCACAUCUACUGAGUGGGGCUGAAGAUGGACUCAUUUGUAUCUGGAACACAAAGAGAUGGGAAUGUCUGAAAUCCAUUAAGGCACAUAAGGGACAUGUGACAUCUCUUUCUAUUCAUCCUUCUGGGAAAUUAGCUUUGUCAGUUGGAACAGAUAAAACAUUAAGAACUUGGAAUCUUGUUGAAGGACGAUCAGCCUUCAUCAAAAACCUCAAGCAAAAUGCACACAUAAUUAAAUGGUCCCCUGAUGGAGAGAAGUAUGUGACUGUGAUAACAAAUAAAGUGGAUAUCUACAGACUUGACACAGCUUCAAUCACUGGCACCAUUACAACAGAGAAGAGGAUUUCUUCACUUAGAUUUAUUACAGAUUCUCUCCUUGCCAUAGCUGGAGAUGAUGAAGUGAUUAGGUUCUACAGCUGUGACUCUCAAAAAUGCUUGUGUGAAUUUAAAGCUCAUGAAAACAGAAUAAAAGAUAUUUAUAGUUUUGAAAGAGAAGGACAGCAUGUUAUUGUUACUGCAUCCAGUGAUGGUUACAUUAAAAUGUGGAAUCUGGAUCUUGAUAAGAUUAAAGAUGGGCCAUCUUUACUGUGUGAAGUCAAUACCAAAGCCAGGCUGACAUGUCUUGCAGUAUGGCUUGACCGAGCUUCAGAAAUGAAAGAAAACUCUGAUAAAACUGCAAAAUCAUGUCAAGAAACAGAAGAUGAAAAAUCAUCAAUAGCCAGCGUAAACAAAGAUUUUUGGACUACUAAAAGGGUUAAAAUAGCAAAAAGAAAGAGAAAAAUUAUUCCAGAGAAACAAAAGCUGGAAGCUCCAGUGCAAAAGAAGAAAAAGAAACAGAAUAGCUCCGCAUGAAGGCAGCUACUUUCUCUCCUGUACAAAAAGUAAAUGCUGUGUUGCCCUAGUUUUUAUAAGAAUCUAAACCCUAACAGGACAUAUACCUCUGAUCCAAUGUCUUGUUUAAAAAGUAAUUAAUGUUCUUACCCUAGUAAACUGACUGUUCAUUCUGGGAACUUUCCCUAAGUGAAAAAAAAGCAAAAAUAAAUUCAUAAUAUGUAAUGUUUAUAUUUUUCUAUUAACAAUACCAUACACUUUUUAACUGGCUCUGAAAAAGCAGGUAAAAUAAUAAAAAUAGCUGCAUCUGUCUCAGUUACAUUUUUAUUUCACUUAAAUGCAUAUUAAAAACAUGUACACUUUUUUGUGUUGAAAUGUUACUGUUUAGUUUGACUCAAGAUAUGGUCUGCCUUUGUCCUGCAUUUCUUUUCCUACUGCAAGAAAGAACGUGUUAAAAAUACUUAAAAUAUGAUGAUCAUAUCCCAUUCUUACAGUCAUGGAAAACUGUAAUUUCUAAUUUUUGACGUGGACUUAUACAUGGACUUUAUAAGCACAAUGUUUAACUUUUUUACUGUGUUCAUACUUAAAUAUAUUUAAAUUUUUUAAAAAUCUUUGCACUCAUUGUUCGCAUGGUUCACUGAAACAUUUUGUUCAAAAUAUGAUACAUAAUUUUAGGCAGAAGAGUUUAUGUUAAUAAGGUUUUACCUUUUCUUCCCCUUCCCAAUGCAUUUUUUCAAGUCCUUUAUCUGAGCCAUGUUGUUAAAAAAUAAUUAUAUAACACCUGAAAUUUUUGCCAUGCUGAUAAAAUGUCUCAUCUUUUGUUUGCACUUAAACGAAAAGUAAAUUCUUGACCUUCUCAGUCUGUGGGAACAGGAAUUCAUCCUAAGCCUUAUUACAAAUAUACAGUGGGAAAAACAAAGUUGAACAAGGUCAAAGAAGUGAACUAAAUGUUUCCUUUCUUUAUUUUAAGGUCUAAGGCAUGUUAAUGUCGUUUUCUGCACUACUGGAGUAGUCAUUACUAUUUCUGUUUUCAAAGAGUAAUUGGAGUUAUGCUUUGUUGUGAUUCGCAUCAUCCAUUCCUCCUUAUUAAUUGUGUAGCAAGAGAAAAAGUAGAGAAAAUCAGAAAAAAGAUUGAGCCAAAUCUGGAGACAGGAAUGCAGGCUGGUUUAGGGAUAUAAAACAGAAUGUAACUCCAGUUCAGCUCUGUGCUCUGACACUGAAACAAAAUGAGCUUCAUCAGUGCUGUUACAGAAUUGUUCAUGUGGCAGUAGCAGUAUUCUCUUGGAAGUGGGUGUCCAUAUUUACCUUCUGUAACUGUUUUCCUUACUUAGAUAAAUUAUCAGAGUCCCUUCUUUGGAUAUUCAAUAUACUUGAUUUAGGCAAUCUCAGUUUAAUUUAGCAUUAAAGGGAUUAAGUUUGAGUUUACGCAGCUUUUAAUUUUAAUGAUACCCUAAAUGUGUUCAUAAAUGCAUGCAAAUAAUACAGGACUUGAAAUUUUUUGCUGUCUUGACAUAAAGGUGACAGAUUUUUAAUUCCUUAAGGCUUCUACAGUAAAUAUAAGACUUAAAAAACGUAAGAUUAAAUAAGGGAAUUGUGUACAAUGA